AUGCUGCUGGAGGCUGAAAGGGGCAGACCAGCUGAAUCCCAAGCAGCAGCCCCAGCAAACAACAUGAGGGCCCUCACACUCCUCACUUUGCUGGCCUUGGCCGCUCUCUGCCUUACUGGUCAGGCGGAAGCGAAGCCCAGUGGUGCACAGUCUGGCACAGGCACAGCCUUCAUGUCCAAGCAGGAGGGCAGCGAGGUGGUGAAGAGAGCCCAGCGCCAAGUGAAUGACGGGCCAGGAGCCCCAGCUCCUGGUCCGGAUCCCCUGGAGCCCACGAGGGAGGUGUGUGAACUCAACCCUGACUGCGACGAGCUGGCUGACCAGGUGGGCCUGCAGGAUGCCUACCAGCGCUUCUAUGGCACGGUCACAGCCUAG